GCACUGUGCCUCUUGCCACUAUUGAUUGUUCCAUUAAAUCGCGCGGAGUGUCCGAAUCCGCGCAGGAUAAGCUACGACGCUGGCAAGACUAUUCGCAAGUUGCUUACAUGGCAUCGGUUCCGAAGAAAAUGAGAUGUGCUCCAUCACAAGUCGGCUUUUGAGAACCUCGUUGAGUUGUAGAACUAUCGUUUCAGCAGAGAUAUCCACAAUGUUUGGUCAGCUGAACAGAUAUCCCCCUUCUCUCGACGUUCCCCCCAAGAGCCUCCUUGAACAUCUUUUUCUUGAAUCCAAAUAAUCACAAUUCAUGUCCAGGGCCUCAGGCUGUUCAUCCAAACAUCCAUAAUGGAAGUGAACCAAAUCGCAUCUACCAGUGCCUUGCUGGAAAAUGUGGCCCCGAUAAGCAGUGGAAAACUACACGACAAUACUGCUCGUAUACUAGGCAAGAUAGUCGAUUUUUACCAUCUUCCUGACUGGAUGCAAAAGGACGCACAUAUCACGCGAGGGUAUCGAGCAGAGACAAAAUCUUUCCGAGCUUGCUUCCAUUCUCUUUGGUAUCUACACAAUGAGUCCGUCAAUACCUGGUCCCAUCUAAUAUCCGGAACGGCAUUUCUCGCUAUGCUACUCUGGAGCUUCCUCCCUGCACUACACGGCCAAUAUGAUAUUCCAGCAGGUCCCUUAAAUGCUGUAAGGUGCCAGUUGGUUGCAACUGCAAUUUGCCUGUACUUGUCUGCUUUCUAUCAUUGUGUGAGCUGCCACUCAUUUCAUGUUUCGAAGAUAUGUCUGAAGCUUGACUAUCUUGGCAUUGUCCUGAACAUUUCUUUCACGUGGAUCUCCGCCAUCUAUUUUGGAUUAUAUGGCCAUAGAGAACUCACAAGGUGGUACAUCACUCAGAUUUGCAUUUGUGCAUGUAUAACAUUUUGGGUCAUGUUAAGUCCCAAAAUGGAUGGCCCGCAAACAGCAUUGUGGAGAUCAAUUGCCUUUCUGUCAUUGGGUGCAAGUGGAUUUGCACCCAUGAUUCAUGCUGCCUUGAUGGACCAUAUUUCCCUCAAAAACUUUCCAUUGUUCUACAUGAUUACUUCUACGAUAUUAUUUCUUACAGGCACCGCAGUAUAUGUUACGCGAACUCCGGAGAAAUAUUGGCCAGGAGUUUUUGACGUUUGGGGUGCUAGCCACCAAAUAUUCCAUGUCCUUGUCAAUAUUGCUCAGAUAUCGCACAUCUUAGGAUUGAUCGAGGCAUUGACAAAACUCUCAGAGAUAAGUAACUGAAAGAGAUUAUAGAGAUGAUAAGACCAAUGUAUUGCACGUCGACAAGAUAGUCACA